AUGAUUGCUCUCCGGAAUCCAAAUGGAAUAGCCAUGGCAUCGAAAAGGGGAAUGAAGAAGAUCAUCUACGACUUCUACUCUAAUCUCUUCGAGAACCAUGUCCACUUGCCUCCUCACCAUCUGAGGAAAGACGGACAUGUUAUUCCAGAGGUUCUCCCGUCCGAAAUACGUCAUGCUAGCAUGUCGGUAAGAAAUCGUACGGCACCCAGUCCCAACAGGAUAAGAUCUGAACAUCUGAAGGAUAUUCCGCCAGUUCUCAUAAACACCCUGGCGAGACUCUUCUCUCGUUAUCUGUCGGAAUGCAAGGUCCCCGAACAGUGGAAGACCAGCGAGACCGUGUUGCUGUAUAAGAAGGGAGACCCACAUGACAUCGGCAACUAUCGUCCAUUCUACUUACUGUCCGUCAUGUCCGUCAUCUACAAGCUCUUUACAAGAGUGAGCACGAUUGACCACAUUCACACUGUUUCGAAACUCACCGAGGUAUCGCGAGAGUACAAAAUGCCGCUGUCUUACCUUUGUCGACUUAAAGAAGACCUUUGA